CUACUUGACCAAAAUGAUCCUGGGACCUCUCUUGGUGCACAAACUUGGCAGGCAAUAGGCAGCAGCAGCAGGAGCUUAAUGGACCAAAAUGAUCCUGGGACCUCUCUUGGUGCACAAACUUGGCAGGCAAUAGGCAGCAGCAGCAGGAGCUUAAAGAGGGAUUUAAGGGACUAA